AUGAACCCGAUUGAACGCGCGCUCGGCAUUCUCCUGCUGCUGACCGGAGGCAAGCUUGUCUCGGCAACGGUGCUUGCCGAACGCUUCCAGGUGUCGCUUCGCACAGUCUACCGGGAUAUCGACCGGCUGAUUGCUCUCGGCGUUCCCGUUGAUGCAGAGCGCGGAGCAGAAGGAGGCUACCGGUUGGCGAGCGGAUAUCUGCAGCCUCCCGUCGCGCUUACGCGCAACGAAACGGCAGCGUUGCUGGCAGCGAUGGCACUUGUGCGCAGCAGCAGGACAGUUCCCCUAGCCGACGACCUGACAUCGGCCGAAAAGAAGCUGCUUGCCUCUUUGCCGAAGUCCGUUCACGGACUGCUGAAGGAAGCCGACCGGAUCGUCGGGAUCGAGCCCAUACCGCCCGACAUUUUUCACUCGGGCACAAAGGCCGAACCGACGGAAGACUGGCAACGGGCUCUCGACGGAUUCAUGUCCGGCAUCCUGGACAGCAAGCGCGUCCGGUUCGAGCAUGUCAAUCCAUCCCGCAAUUCGGCCAAGGGGCACGAUGUGGAGCCUUAUGGCGUCAUGUUCGACCGGGAUCUGUGGUAUCUUGCGGGCCGCUGCGUCGACACCGAAAUGGUGAAAGUCUACCGGGCGGACCGCGUGCGCGAUCUGGAAAUCAGCGGCUUGUUCUUCCGGCCCGACAAGAACUUUUCCAUCAAGACCAUGCUCGGCGGUGCAUGGCUUUCCCAGGCCAUGCGCCGGUGGGAACAGGAAGAGGAAAUCGCCAAGAUCCUGAUCACGGCCAAGCAGGCGAAGAAAUUGAGCGCGGACUGGUAUUAUCGCCAUGCGGUUUUCACGCCUGCCGGCGAGGGAAAGAUCCUUGUCAGCAUUCCCAGCACCGACAGAGCCCGUAUCCUGCCGCUGGUGCGCUGGCUCGGCCCGGGAGCAGAACUGUUGUCUCCUGAUGCGCUACGCCUGGAACUCUCCGAGGAGUAUGCCGCGUUGACCGCGCUUUAUCGCGCCGGAAGCCCGGUCACGAAUUCAACCUAG